UUCUCUCUAUUGUAACAAAAAAAAGGAUCUCUCUGUACAGAAAGCAAAAUGUAUCCAUCACAGAUUUUUUUCCUCUAUGGACAGUUGCUAUAAUUGUGGAACGGAAACAGUAGUGACUCACAAGUGUGCGCCGGCCAUUCUGUCGAUAGAGUGGCUAAAGCACGGGCUGAGGGUAGAUUGUGUCAAUUUGGGUCUCCCUCACAUGGCCACAGUAAACAGGAGGUCGGUGUCAUCCUGUCUUAAUUGAAAGAUCACAAAUGCUGAGUCUGAAGGACUUUUAAAGGUUUCAACACCCUUGUUUGGCAAGCUUAUGGGGGAAGAAAUCAAACAGGGAACCAUCGUGCUAAUAUCAAAAGAUGAACAUUGGUAGAUUCUGGGUAAGGUUGUGGGGAGGAAAUGUUGAAAUGUGAUGUAAAAAGAUGAGCUAAAGGGGGAGAUGAAAAGGAGGAACUUCAGCAAGACUACUGUAAUGUAAUCUGAUAGUUGGGGCAGAGUUUAAAAUCAGCUUGCUACUCUUGCCUGCACAUUCCUUCCCCCUCUCCCUGGUAGAAAGCAGCUUACUGUACUGUAGCUGGAGGCAGUCUAUGUCUAUGAAGCUGCAGUGCAGAGCAGGGAAGGACACAGCCAGGUUACUUGUGUGAUCCACUCCACAGCUUCAGGGCAGCCCAGGCUUCUGCUUGCUAUUGUACAGAUGAAAAAAUGUGAGGGCUUUAUGUGGGAAGCCCUGAGUAGGGAAGCGAUUUAUAUAACCCAAACUAGAAGGCAGGCAGAAGUCCUUGUCAGCAGACAUUGCUUUGGGGUUGGUUCUCAUGCCAGUCACGUCUACCCUUUGGAACAGAGAACAGCAACACCGGGGCUUCAUCAAGUGAUGAGAACAGACGUCAAACUGCCCUAUGAAUAUUGAUGUAGAGGCUAGUCUGCUUUCGUAGAGGAGCAGAAGGAAGCAAGAUGGCUGCCCUUUAGGAUUUGUUAGAAAGGAGCCCAGACUCUGUAUGCUGGAUUUCUACAAGGCUGAGGGACAUUAAGAGAUACGCAUACAGGUCAGUCUUGUGGAUGGCCCCGGAGCAGGCCAGAUGGAAGAGGAUAGAACCAACCAUGACGAGGGCAAUAGAUUGAGUCCAACCCUAUUAUAUUCAGCAUCAGCUUGCCAAAACAAGAAUGGAGCAUUACAAAAUGGGAACCUGCCAACAGACAAAGACCAUCUUCAAGUUAAUGGGGACAUAUGUUUACCAACAAAAAACAACUAUAGUGUUGCUUACAUGAAAGGAAGUCAAGAACAUGGUGCUUCUGAUUUCAUCCAUGAAAACACAGCUUAUUCCAACCAUGUACAAAAUGGUGGCAUAAAGCGAACAUUUAGUGAACCAUUGUUUUCUGAAUUACAUCAAUUGAAAAAGGUGCGAACAGAUGAGAUUAAUGGAGAAAAUAAGGGUGACCAAAAUAAUAUUCAAGCAAGUGUCUCUGAGUUCUGCAAUGAAGACCGAUCUGGAAGACUUUUCCAACCAGUUAAUUCAGAUUCAUCAGCUCUUCAGGUUCCAAAUGAGCAGAAGCAAGACCUUAAUUACAUUAACAGAGACAUUGUUUCAUGUCAUAAUGACAAGACAGUGCCAAUGUGUAAUGGUGCUACUGCUUCUGUAUCUUCCAUGGAAACCGUGAAUAAUGAGCUCCUGGAAAAAAUGCCUUCUCAAUAUUAUCCUGAACAUGUUUCUACUGUGGUGCAUAAUAACACAUCUCUUGUAGAUGCCAUCAACACGCUAAAUGAUGCUAGCAAUGGUUUGUCUACUCUAGCAACUCAUUCAUCACAUACCUCAGGGCAGAUCACGCCUCAACAAACUUUGAAUCCGGUGCUGCCUCAAGUGUCAGAUGUAAUCGUUGAUGAGGCCCACAAUAGUGACCAUGGUAGCGAGCCAGUUGUAAUACCAGGAAGCUAUUCUCUUAAUAGACAAGAACAGAAACCACUUGUACAGGAAAGUCUUCAUUAUAAUUCCCAUAAUUUAGUUGGCGGCAAAGGUGAUGCACGUGAAUCCAUGGGGCAGAUGUCAACACAAUGUCUAGAUGAUUCUGGUAAUAGUUCUUUUCAUAUCCAAAAUAGCUCAUCUAAUGAGAUACCUUCUGGAUUAGAGGCCAUCAAGAAAGAUCCACUACCAUCACUGCAAAUAAAUCAUAUUAUGGACAACAAGCAAAAGGAAGAGCCCAGUAUAAGUGAAACACAUGACAGACAUCACCUAAAUCUAACGAAAACAAGUGAAUCUUGCCAUUCACAUGAUCCAAGAGUUUCUCCGCAUCAUAAUGAACAACAGUUACAAAAUGAAAGAAAGGGCAUGUUUCCUCUCACCAGAUUACCUGCACUACACAGUUCGGUUACAGAAAUUCUAGCAAAACACAAAUUUAAAAGCAUUUUAGAGAUGCAAAACGAGCAUCUUGGUCAAAACAAAGUCAUGCAGAAUUGCAAUGGCACAAGUAAAGAUGAUUCUUUCAUUAAGGCCACAAAAGACUUUAAAUCAAAUCCAUUUUUAAAAUCAGGCUGGCUAGAGCUUCGCCCUAAUCAACGCCUAAAAGAAGGAUCUUCUGAAAAUUCUUGUGAAGAUUUGCUGAACUUACUCCUCCAGUCCCAGUCUAACAACAAGAAAAAGCUAAGACAAUACCCUGGAAAACACAAUAUAACAAAUAGAAAGUGUAAUAGUCAAGAUAGUGAAGCAACACCUCUGCAGCAAAAUAUUCCUGAGCAGCAGCCAAAUUUCUUAAAGCACUUCUCUCAAGAUUCCCAAUUCCAGCCAUAUAUUCAGAAAAGUAAUGCUGAUCUGAUGUCCUUUCAGUCAAUUUUAGAACAAGCUUCUGAGGGCCUUCAGUUAAGUGAUGCCCAACAAUUUUUGCAAGCACAGCCAAAUGAAUAUAUUGAUGAGCUGUUAAGACAACAUUUUGAACAGUCACUCCGUAACUGUAACCAAAAUAGGGACAGUCCUCUUAACCACUUAAAGCUUGAAGACAGUGCUCAGGCAGCUAAUCAGUAUCUAAAGCACCAUCAAUAUCCACUAGCUUCUCAGCAAUUUGAGACAGAACUUAAGCAAAGUUUAAGUAACAUAAAUUCCCCCUUCAGUCAAAAUCAAGAAAAUAAUACUGUUAAUCCUAAUCAUUCUUAUGCUGACAAACAGGUGUAUCUGUCACAGAAAACAGAAAAUAGCUGUGGUUUUGCAGAGAACAAACCUGACCCGUUGCAAUACAUGCAGUAUUAUCAACCAAACAGUACCCAGCAACAAGAAAUAAACAAUUACGAGCAUGAUCUUUCAUCCCGAAUAGCAAAGCAGACGCAUUGCCUGCCAGAAAGCUUUAGUCCAUCCCCACAUUUGCAGGAUAAAAUGAGAUAUUAUUCCAAAUUUUCAAACCAGAUUGACUGUAUUCCAAAGCAUGCUGCGCUAAGGAAUCAUUUAUUGCAGAGAAAAGAGCAGGCAAGUAGACCGGUUAAAGCAGAGAAGAGCUCCCACUCUAAUGCCUGCAUGCAUACACCUAUGGAAAGCAAAAUAAAAAAGAACACAGAUAAGAAAAUUAAACAAGAAACUCACCAUUCAAGCACCGAGGCUGGACAGCAAAAGAGUAUUAUUGAAACAAUGGAACAGAAGAUGAGACAUUAUCCUGGUAAAUCACAAUUUCAUCGUCAAGUAUCAAGCAUCAAAUCUCCCAAACAUGUAAAGGUGGAAUCUGCAGGGCCUGUCACAGUCCUAACUACACACACUACACUAGACCAACAAACUAUUCCUCCGUAUGAGAAAACACCAACCAAAAGAGCAGCAGGUUCUGCUCUACAUAACUUUAUAGAAUCACCUUCAAAUCUACUCAGCACCCCUGUAAAAAAUCUUUUUGACACGCCUAUAAAAACGCAGUAUGAUUUCCCAUCAUGCAGUUGUGUGGAUCAAAUAAUUGAAAAAGAUGAAGGACCUUAUUAUACACAUCUUGGUGCUGGACCCAAUGUGGCAGCUAUCAGAGAAAUGAUGGAAGAAAGGUUUGGCCAGAAGGGGAAUGCCAUUAGAAUUGAGAGGGUUAUUUAUACAGGAAAAGAAGGCAAAAGUGCUCAGGGAUGCCCUAUUGCUAAAUGGGUGAUUCGGCGUAGUGGGACAGAUGAGAAAAUGCUGUGUUUGGUGAGGGAACGUGCUGGCCACUCCUGCGAAACAGCAGUAAUUGUCAUUCUGAUCUUGGUUUGGGAAGGCAUUACAAAUUCUUUGGCAGACAGGCUUUACUCAGAGCUUACAGAAACGCUAAAUAAGUAUGGAACCUUAACAAACCGACGCUGCGCACGUAAUGAAGAGCGUACCUGUGCAUGUCAGGGUCUGGACCCUGAAACCUGCGGUGCCUCCUUCUCCUUUGGAUGCUCAUGGAGCAUGUAUUAUAAUGGGUGUAAAUUUGCAAGAAGUAAAGUACCAAGAAAAUUCAGACUCACUAGUGAUGAUCCAAAAGCAGAAGAAAAGCUGGAAGCCAAUUUACAGCACUUAUCAACAAUGAUGGCUCCAAUUUACAAGAAACUUGCCCCUGAUGCCUAUAAUAACCAGAUUGAGCAUGAGCACAGAGCUCCAGAUUGCCGUCUUGGUACUGAGGAAGGUCGACCAUUUUCUGGAGUUACUGCUUGCUUGGAUUUUUGCGCUCAUUCCCACCGGGACUUGCACAACAUGCCAAAUGGCAGCACACUGGUUUGCACUUUAACCAGAGAAGACAAUCGUGAAGUUGGAAAAAAUCCACAAGAUGAGCAACUACAUAUCUUACCCCUUUACAAAGUAUCCAACGUGGAUGAGUUUGGCAGUUCUGAGAAUCAGGAGGAGAAGAAAAGAAAUGGUGCUAUUCAGGUUCUUACAUCUUUCCGAAGGCAAGUGCGAAUGCUAGCAGAGCCCGUAAAAACCUGCCGGCAAAAGAAGUUGGAAAAACAAGAAGCCAAGAAAGCAGCAGCUGAGAAGUUGAAUUCUGCUUUGGAAAAUGGUCACAGCAAGAACGAAAAGGAGAAGCCUUCACGGCACAAAAACGUACACGUGGAAGCUUCUGUGCAGGAAAAACAGCAAGCAGAAUUUUCUCGAAUGCCAGCCAUGCACCAAAACCCCAUUCUAAAUAUGAACCAAGGGAACUCUUUAAAUCAUUACCCAGCAUCAGUCCCCACAAAUCCUUACACACAAAUUCCUAAUUUGCCUGACCCCUAUCAGAAUAGUUUUCCUCUCUACCAUGGAUCGAGAGACAUGAAUAUUUUUCAAGCUGCUGCAAGUGCAUCAGUAUCCUGUGCAAAUAGCCCUAUGAAUUCUUUCCAAGGAUCCUUUAAUCAAGGUAACUCUUGCCCCCCUUAUCCCAGUAAUGGAAAUGCCUCCUUGGACAACUGUUCCCCUUAUCUUGACUCUUCACAGCAACAAUCCAUGGAUUAUUACAAGUUUAAAAACCAAGAUCCAGUGGCUAAAUUAGGCGUGCCCCCAAAUCAAUCAUUGUACCAGCAGGGCUUUUCAAAUAGUCAGGCUUAUGGUCACAAAAUGUUUAGUUAUGGAAACCAAAGAGUGCAAGCUGAUGAUUUCAGUGGCUGUAAUGCUUAUCCAUCACCUCAGGCUGAUAGUCAUGUAAUGGGUCCUGCCACAAAUUCACGGCCUAUUAUCAGCAAUGGUGAAUAUCCUCUUCCACACUCUUUCCAGAGUCAUGAAAGCAACAUGUCAUCAAGUAUAUUAGGGGACAGAGCUGGUUCUCUGCCUUUCCUUGGUAAACAGAGUGAAAUGCAUUCACAGGCAUCAAAUGGAACAUCUGAAAUGCUUCCAGGUCUUAACCAUGACAGAACUAAUUUUGGAGGCCUAGGUAGAACUAAUGGUGCUAAUGUUCAGGGAAAGCUACCGUACACCUUACCUCCUGUUCCAGAAGAGCCUGCUGAAGUUUGGUCAGACAGUGAGCAGAGCUUUCUUGAUCCUGAUAUCGGAGGUGUAGCAGUUUGCCCAACUCAUGGGUCAAUUUUGAUUGAAUGUGCAAAGCGUGAGCUCCAUGCAACAACCCCAUUAAAGAAUCCCAACAGAAAUCACCCUACCAGAAUAUCUCUGGUGUUCUACCAACACAAGAGCAUGAAUGAGCCAAAGCAUGGCCUGGCAUUAUGGGAAGCAAAAAUGGCAGGCAAAGCAAGGGAAAAGGAAGAAGAUUGUGAAAGGUAUGGGCCAGACUAUGUGGCUCCUAAAUCUUACAACAGAAAAGCAAAACGGGAGCCUAUGGAGCCAAUACAUGAACCUGCUGAACCAACUUAUCUUCGUUUCAUUAAGUCACUCACACAGAGGACGAUGUCAAUAACCACAGACUCUCAAGUCACUACAUCUCCAUAUGCCUUAACACGGGUUACAGGUCCUUACAACAGAUAUAUAUAGUCUGCUGCGUUACCUCAUUUACAUCAUAUUGGGUGCACCAUAUUUGCUUAGGUUAAUUCACAUGGAUAUGUAAAAUGUGUGAGUAUUUUACAUAAAUGUGAUCCAUGGUAAAGAGUACCAGCAAAAGAAGUAUUCUUACCUAUUAACGUUUCUAGUUUUUAAUUGUGUAGUCACAGAAUGCUCUGGAGACAAGAAUACAGUCAUCCUAUGCAAAAGGUGUUUAACAAAAAUCAAAACACAGGUUCUACUGGAUGAAUUGUAAAAUUGCAUUUACCUUCCUCCCACUUUUAUACAAAAAAUGUGUAGCGCUAGGAGCCAGAAUCAAACUUACUGUAGUGUUUUAACAUCAGGAAAAUUACAAAUACCAUCUGGUGCUAAAUUCCUUUUGUUCAAUACUGGAAUUGUAUCCUUUUUGACAUAUGAUAUUUAUAAUCGUAACCCUGACCUCCAAUGUGUUUCCGUAGUGUAGAUUUUCACAAAUCAAUGUCAACAAUAUAACACUGAAAUAUUUAGACAUUCUUUGAAAAGAUGGUGCUAUCAACUGUGUCUUUACAAUGUUUUAAGACCGGGAAUAAUGUAUCCAGUUUUAAUUCAAUCAGAUAUAAUAACAUCUUAUAAACAAUGAACAUUUUCGGUUUUAUUUCCUUUACAGGCCAUCCGGUUAUGUUUUAAUUCACCCAGUCACACGUUUUAACACUUAGGAACAAAGCUAAGAUGUUAAAGAGCCUUCAUCCUGCAUAACAUCUGUAUCCUGUAUAUAUUAUGUUUUCCAGGAAAACUACAAGGCAAGCAGAAGCUGCCGUCUUUUCUCCAACACAUGGAAAUUUGUGGUUGGAAGUUUUUAAAUUUGAAUAUAUAUAUAUAUAUAUAUAUUUAUGGGGAAUAUACAUUAAGUACUUGAGAUAAGAAGCUAGGGUCUUUGAAACCCUUGCCUCAAUUCUGUAUGGGUUGAACUGUGUGAUUUUCCUAUGACUUGUAAAUCAGGCACAGUGGUUCACUUCACAGGGCGAUAAAUAUAUAUACCGGGGGGUUGAGGUGGCAGUAGCAAGUCAAGCUAAUUCUGUGUGCAGCCUCAGUACAGGAUCUAUUCCAAGGGUGCUUUCAACUCUUUUCGUGCAGCAGUCAUGGAUCUGCAUCCAGCAAGCUUUUUAUACAUCUAUUCACACACUAAUGCAGCAUAUUACAUGUGCAUAACUCUCAUACACAUGUGCACUGUGGUUUAUAACAACCUCCAUUAAGCCUUACUUUAUUGGUCAAGGAAAAAAUCAUGUGGAAUUUUAAUUCUGUUUUUCUGUGGAUAGGUGAGGGAGGGCUUAAGGUCUACACCGACACAUUUACAUUUUAGCAUAUUUGCUAUAAACUGUAAUAACAUUACUUCCCCUUUCAUCUAAUUUUCAUUUCUGGGUUUGUAAAAAUUAUUUUUUUAAACUUGUUUAUGAUAUCCAAAUCCUAUAUAAAUACAAUUUUCCGAAUGAGUUUUAAAUCAGCUACCAAAAGUCCUAAUUUCUUUCUUCUCUUCAUUUUUUAUGUGAAUAUUUUUUUUAAUCAGAUCUGCAUAUAUAUGUAUAUUUUGUUUAAUGUUUUUCAUAUUUCUGUUUUUUAAGUAGAAGGGUUUUUUUUGCGUUUUAUCAAAAAUGUGAUGAAAAAAAUUAGGAAACCACCAAAUUGCAAAAAUGAUAUUUCUGUAUUUUUCCCAGCUAUAAUUGCACAAGGCUUAUUCUUUUAAGGUUAUUAUGAUUUUUUUUAUUGGAAAAACACAUUAAUACAAAUUUAUGUCCAUUCACAUUAGUUUCUUUCUAAAAAUCCAAAAUUUUUAGUUAAUAAGUAAAAGGCACAUCCCUAACCCAUCCUGUCCUGAACACUUAGUGGCAAAUCUGUUAUACUUACCCAUCAAUCGUUGGGUCUUCCGGCUGCCGAAAAACCGAGAGAAGUUCAGGAAGUCAUUCGGUUUUUUCGCACCUGAUAGACCUGACCAUGGAUGGGUAAGUAUAAUAAAUCUGACCCUAAGUGUGUGUGUUUUACUGUAUUUUCUGUCCCAUUGAGUAAAACCAAUAUUGUGUUACAGUGCUUUAAUAAUAUCACAGCAUUUUCAACAUUGAAUUUGUUGCUCAGUAAAAUAAGAGAAAUAGUCAAAGCAAAGUGUCACAUAUGGUAUCCCAGAACAGAUGCCAAAGUUCCAAUUAUGGCUCACGCUUCUGCCUAUAACAGCCGCCUUUCGCUUCUGGAGGAGCCCUCCUCUACUCAAGUGCCGCCAAGUCUUAAAGUGUGAGAACCAAGGCGAGAGUUCUGGGCAGACAAGGGUGACAGGAGGAAAGGGCUUAAAGCAAAGUGUAGUCGAGGAAACAGGCAGGGGUCAAUAACCAGUCUGUCAGCGCAGUACAGAAUCAGGAUGAAUAGUAGGAAAAUGGGAAAUGGUCGGGUCAGGCAAUGACAGGCAUGGGUCAGGAAAAGGAAAACCGGACAAUAAACACACCUAGGAACUAUCUGACAAUAGACUUACGUCGAGCAGUGAGCAAAAGGAUGAGGUGCCUUGAAAUAUUUGAAUUUCGUGCCAAGCGAAAAGAAGUCAGAUGCAGCGUGUAGAAUAAAAAUAUGCGCAGAUAGACAAUCGUGGCCAAACCCAGAAGAAAGCAUAACUCAGGCAGAAGGCUGCAGGCGUCCCCGCCCAACUAGACCAGAUCGUUACUAGGGAUGCGCCGAAUCCAG